AUGUUUCCCGACGCUCUUGCCAACCUAACUUCUACCACUACCGUCUACGGCUGCUCGCUCAAUUCCAGUCGUCCAGUCAUAGACUGGACAUCGGAGUCAUUCGCGAAGAGCUCUCAGUUUAGUAUUCGGCAACCAGAUGGCAUGUACUCCGCAUCCUGUGAGUCUACCGGCCAAGAGGUCGAGAGCAAAGUCAUGGUAGUUCGAGGCAACGACGGCAAUGACAAUUUCAGUGGGUUGGACUUUAUUCUCCUAGGCCAGUUCAUGAGAUAUCUGAUCCUAGCCUCAGACUUUCACGUCCUCAGCUUCCGCGUCCUCAGAUUCCUCGUCCUCGGCCUUCACGUCCCCAGCCUCCGCAUCCUCAGCCUUCGCGUUCUCAGCCUAAGCGUCCUGGGCCACCUCAACAUCAGCCUAAGCGCCCUCGGCCGCCUCAACAUCAGCCUCCGCAUCCUGAGCCUACCUUCCAAAGCCGCGACCUGCAACGAUGUUCCGCCUGAGAAAGAAGUCGAUGUCGUCGCCUGGGACGAUACGAACACGGAUCUUAAUAUUCUUUGCAAGUUUGCCUGCAAGUACGGCCAUUGUCCACAAGAUAUCUGCACGAGCCGUAUCGAUGGACCAGAUACGAGUGACAUCGACAUCGUGGUAACCGACCCUGAGGACCCUCUCAACUAUAUCAGGCGUGUCAAGCAAAGCAAUUCGAAGAAUUGCAACAUCUACAAAGAGCCUCAACACUGGGACUACCAAAAGAAAAGUUGCGAUUCCAUCUGCAAGCCAGAAACUGAUCAAGCCAAGAAAGAAGGCAAAAUGUCUAAUGCGUUCUGCCUGGGCUUUUGGCCAAUCGACAAACCUAUCCCUUGGCAAAAGAUCGGCCCAGAUACGACAAUUGCCGGAGGGAAAUGCGAAUGCAACAACCCUCUGGUAAACGAAUUUGCAGAUAUCGUCUUGGAUGGCAUGCCACAGAUGGCUCAGGUAAGCGUCACUACACCAUAA